CGGAGACACUUUCGUCAGUAGGCGUUGACUCCUUGAAAAAUUUGAUUCGGGAGUGCAGAAUCCGAAUAUAAUUACGAAAGUCUUGAUUGUAAAGAAAGCAGGAAAUACUAAAACUUCAAAAUGGCACUAAGCGACGCGGAUGUACAGAAACAGAUCAAACAUAUGAUGGCCUUCAUUGAACAAGAGGCCAAUGAAAAAGCAGAAGAGAUCGAUGCAAAAGCAGAAGAAGAAUUCAAUAUUGAAAAAGGCCGUUUGGUUCAGCAACAGAGACUAAAGAUCAUGGAAUACUAUGAGAAGAAAGAAAAGCAAGUUGAGCUACAAAAGAAGAUUCAAUCAUCGAAUAUGCUAAACCAGGCUCGCCUAAAAGUCCUGAAAGUCAGAGAAGAUCAUGUACGAAAUGUACUUGAUGACGCUAGGAAGAAAUUAGGAGAAAUAACUAAAGAUCCUGCCCAUUAUAGAGAAAUUUUGAAGUUAUUAAUUAUACAAGGCCUAUAUCAUCUGACAGAAAGUCAUGUUACCGUUCGUGUGCGUCAAGUAGAUAUUUCGGUCGUAGAAUCGCUUAUUGAUACUGUCCAAGAUACUUACAAGCAGAAAUCAGGAAAAGAUGUAAUAAUUAAAAUUGAUCAAGAUAAUUUUCUCGCACCUGACAGUUGUGGUGGUGUUGAUUUAUAUGCGGCGAGAGGACGUAUAAAAGUGAGCAAUUCUCUGGAAUCACGAUUAGAAUUAAUAGCACAGCAACUGGUACCGGAAAUACGCGGUGCUCUCUUUGGAAGCAACCCCAAUCGCAAGUUCACCGAUUAAACAAAAUGCCUUCCUCAUUUUCUCUUUUCUCUUCUUUUCAUUCUGUUUUCCUUCCUAACAAAAACAUUCCCUUCUUUAGAAUGCUAAAAUGACUACAGAAUUCGUUGUGUAGAAUGUAGAGUUUGUUGUUGACAUUGUUGAAAAAAGAGAGAAAGUGAAAUUGUAAAUUAUAUAAAAAUAUUUGCGCGUGCGAGCGCGCGCAGGCACAUAUAUAUCUAUAUAAAUAUAAUAUACAUAUACCUAUAAAGU